UGUGCCGGCCCCAGCGGCUCUCAGGGCCUGGGCAGGGUGACGGCAGCGAGCGCGUCCGGGCCGGACGGUUCCCCUUCCCCACGGCCAGGCGCCGGAGGUUUCUGUGCCGUGCGCCUUUAACGAGCACGGCCCCGGCGCGGUGACGUGGGAUGGCCCGGCGCCAGGAAGGGGAACCGCCGCCUGCCAGCCCCGCCGAAGAGAAGCUCAACAACUUUUCUUUUGUGCGUGGCCGCUGGUUCCCCGGCCCUCCCCGGCUUCCCAGCGCUCAUGGCGGAUUAACCCCAGCGCGCCGACCACGGCCGCGCGGCCCCGGUCUGGGCAGGGACCUGACAGGCUGGCCACCAUGUCUCUUCACAGCGCAAGAGUUGCUGCUCUGCUUGCUUGGGUGAACAGCACAAAGGUUUGUCCUGAUCCCCUCAAUGAUCUGUCCCAGCUCCAAGACUGUAGUGUCUUCAUCAGAAUUAUCCACAAAAUACACGGGAGCAAGGAGGGGGAGUCUGUGCUGGAGCAGCCACUGCCUGAGAGGAUCUCCUUCAUCCAUGGUUUCCUGCAGAAGCACUGCAGGCACAAAUUGGCUGCAGAGAGCCUGGUCUCUGCACAGAAACUCCUGGAUGGAGAGGAGCUGGCACUGGCCAAGGUGGCCGUGCUGCUCCUGUACCACACCUCUAUGAGUUCCAAGAACCCUGGAGACUGGUGUGAAUUUGACUACAAGACCCAGGUUGAACUGGCAUCAAUCCUCAAAUUUGUGCUGGAUAACGAGGAGUGCCUGAAUGAGAAUCUGGAGCCAUUUCUGCAGAAGAAAGCAGAGCCAUGCUCCUCCAGUGUGUCCAGCAGCAGCACUGAGGAGCAUUCCCCACCGUUCUCUCUCCCGCACAAGCAAGAGGUGCGUUUCCUGGAGCUGCAGAGGAUCGCCUCCUUCCCCAGCACCAACCUGCCCAGCACUCCAUCUUCGCCCAUGGGGGACAUCAUGCAGACUCCCCAGUUCCAGCUGCGGCGGCUGAAGGAGCAGCUGGCUUUUGAGAGGGAGAACCGGGAAGAGCUGGAGGUGGAGGUGGCAGAGAAUAACAAGCUCGUCAUGGAGAAGGAUGCACAGAUCACCACGAUGCAGCAGCGGAUUGAUCGCUUGGUAAAGCUCAAUGAAAAGCAAGCUGAAGACCGUCUGGAGCCCAAAGAAAUUGAGGAGCUGAGGGAGAAGAACGAGAGCCUGGUGGGGCGCCUGCAUGAGGCCUUCAGGCAGUGCCAGGACCUGAAGACUGAAAAAGCCCAGAUGGACCGAAAAAUCAACCAGCUCUCUGAGGAGAAUGGGGAUCUUUCCUUCAAGCUACGGGAGAUCGCCAGUAACAUGGUCCAGCUGCAGCGAGCCCUGAACGAGCUCUCGGAGGAGCACAACAGUGCCAUGGCACAGUCGCAGGAAAAGCAACGACAGCUGGAGAAGGAGCUGCAUGCUGCCCUGCAGGAUAAGAAAUGUUCAGAAGAGAAAAUCGAGAUUCUACAGGGAAAGAUUUCUAUGCUGGAGGACCAGCUGGCCAAACUGGAGGAGUGCAGCGCCCAGGAGAAGGGAGAAGUCAUGGGUGACAUUUUGAAGCUGGAAGAGCUGAAGCAGGAGGUGUCCAGCCUCACGGCCAAAGGAGUGCGGCUGGAGGAGGAGAAGCAGCAGCUGGACAGCCUUGUCACCAACCUCCAGAACUCCCUCUCUGAGAGCCACCGGGCCCGAGAGAGGCUGAAGCGAGACCUGCAGGCACAGGCUGCUGAGGACCAGGCUAAACAGCUGGCUGCCCUCAGUGCCCAGCAUGAGCAGACCCUGCGGGAAAGGGACUCCACCCUGCAGCAGCUCCAGCAGGCCAACGCAUCCCUGAGCAGCCAGCUGCAGGCCGUGGAUGAGGAGAAGGCUGCAUUUAGCCGCAAGGUCGGCGAACUGGAAGCCCAGAUCCUGGAGCUGGGUGCCCAACGGCAGCAGGGAGUGGCAGCAGAGGCACUGAAAGCCCAGCUGCAGGAGCUGGAGGGCAGGCUAAAGGAGAGCCAGCAGAGGCUGGCUGAGAAGGAGAAGCUGGCCCGGGAGAACGGCCGCCUGCAGGAGCAGCUGCUGUUCCUGGAGGAAUCCCUGCGGAACACUGAGGGGAUAUUGGAGGAUGAGAAGAGACGGGCAGCCGAGUGCCUGGAGGGCAACCUGGCCAGGAUCGCUGAGCUGGAGGCAGAGAGACAGCAGCUGGUUCAGGAGCGGGAGGCAGCUCUGCAGCAGCGGGAUGAGGAGCUGGCCACACGCCAGGCGCUGGAGGAGAGCCGGGAGCAGCCCACGGGAGCCUCUCCUGCUGCCCGAGGGGAGGACGAGGAGUGCAGGCGGCUGAAGGAGGAAAUGCAGGCGCUGAGCCGGGAGCACAGCCGGGCCUGCCAGCAGCUGCAGGCUGAGCAGGAGAAGGUGGCUGUGCUGGAGGCCCAGGCAGAGCAGCUGGCUGGCCUCCAGGCUGACCUGGCCAGCGCUCAGUCGUGGGCAAAGGAGAAGGAGAACGAGGAGCAGAAGCUGAGGGCUGAGAUUUCCUCCCUGCAGGAGAAAAUGGCUGUGGCAGAGCAAACAGCAGCCCAGCGUGUGGCCAGGCUGGAGGCGGAUGCCCAGAGAGCUGCUGAGGCACUGGAGGGAGUCUCCCAGCAGCUCUCCCAGGAGAAGCUCAAAUCCAAGGAGCUGGAAGGCACCAUGGAUCAGCUGCGGAUUGCAGAGAAGGAGCUGGUGUCCCUCCGCUCUGCUGUGCAGGAGAAGGAGAGCUGGAAGGAACAAGUGUCCCAGUGUCUCCAGGAGAUGGAGAGGAAGAACAGCCUGAUCAGCAGCCUGGAGCACGAGGUCUCCAUCCUCCAUCGCCAGGUGACAGAGAAGGAAGGGGAGAGCAAGGAGCUGAAACGCCUGAUCCUGGCUGAGUCAGAGAAGAGCAAGAAGCUGGAGGAGAGGCUGCGGGUGCUGCAGACAGAGAUGGCCACCGCAGCCUCCCGUGCAGCUGAGAGGUGCUCACUGAUGAAGGUGGAGGUGCAGCGGUGCCAGGAGGAGAUGGAGAAGCAGCGGAUGACCAUCGAGGCCCUGAAGAGGGACCGCCACUGCCAGAGCGAGAGGGAGGACGAGCUGCGGCAGGAGGCAAAGGUCUGCCAGGACAAGUGCCUGCAGAAGGAGCAGCUCCUGGCUGCCCUGCAGCAGAAGCUCGACGGCGCUCAGGCUGAGCGUGCCUCCCUGGAAAGUCAGCACCAGCAGGAGCUGGAGCAGAGAGCAAAAGCUGUGUCUGUGCUGCAAGCCGAGCUAGCGCAGGCCAAGCUGGAGGCGGCCGCGGUGCCGUCGCUGCGGGAGCAGCUGGCAAAGCAGGAGCGGGCCAUCCAGCGGCUGCAGGCUGAGGCUGCAGAGGCGGGGGCACAGCUGGCAGGGCUGCAGCAGGCCAACGCACGGCUGGCCGAGGAGAACCAGGGGCUCAGCAGGAGCCGCAGCCAAGGGCAGCAGCAGCUGGAGGCGGAGCUGGGCCAGGCCAGGGAGCGGCACCGGCAGGAGCUAGAGCAGCUGCGGGCAGCGUCUGAGAAGCUGGUGAGCAGCAGCAGGCAGGAGGCUAAGGAGGCAGUGCAGAAGCUGGAGGACAUGAGUAAGGAGUAUGAGAGCAGAAGAGCUGCAGAGCUGGAAGAGAGGAAGAAACUCCUGGAAGAGAAGCAAAGACUGACAACUCAGGUGGAGCAGCUGGAGAUUAUCCAGAAGGACCAAACUAAGCAGGUGGAGGAGCUGAAUAAAAAGCUGACUCAGCAUGAGAAGGCCACCUGCACCCAGCAGCAGAGAAUUAAGGCACUCGAAGGGGAGCUGCAGGCAGCGGUCACCAGCCAUCAGGAGAAGGUGGCAGAGCUGCAGGCACAGGUGGAGGUUGCCAAACGACAAGUGCAGGAACUCAGCAAGUUCCAGGUGAUGACUGCCACAGCAAAGGAACAAGAGACUUCCUGCCAGAGUGUGGCUGACCAGAGCACCGAUAGUCUUGACGAGGCACAGCUGCUCAGCUCCACCAGGAAGGCUACCAGCUCUCAGUUGGACAUCUCAGCAGUGCCAUCAGACAGUGAAGAGUCACUGCUGUCUCAGCAGCUGCCCGAGAGGAAGGCAUCCAUGGAGAGUCUCUACUUUACCCCCAUCCUCCGUGAGACUCCGUCACAGCUGGAGAGCAGCGCCAGCUUCUUCCCGGGUGACUUCUCGCUCGACUCUGGGCGCAAGACGCGCUCAGCCCGGCGCCGCACCACCAUCAACAUCACCAUGACAGAUAAACAGGCAGAGUCUGAGGAACUGGUCCAUGUCAAGAACAUCCCAUUGGCUCAGUCCACAAAAACUUCUUCCCCUGCUAAGGGCCGUCUGCGCUCAGGUGCCUCCACCCGUUCCCUCACCAGCUUCCCCUCCCAGGAAACUCUUGCGAAGCUGGAAACCUCCUCCCCAGAGAAGACCCCUGGCAAUUCAGGGCUGUUGGGCCUCCCUGGCUACCGGCCGGUCACCCGCAGCUCCCUGCGCUUGCAGCGGACCAGCCUCAGUGGGCAGGGCCGGAGCACCCUGACCCUGGGCACGUGCCAGGAUGAGCCGGAGCAGCUGGAGGACUGGAACCGCAUUGCGGAGCUGCAGCGGCGGAACCAGGCCCGCCCUCCCCACCUGAAGAGCAGCUACGCCAUAGAGAGGCCCUCCACCUCCCUGGGAACCAUCACGGAUGAGGACGUGAAGAUGGGGGACCCAGAAGAGACGCUGCGCCGUGCCAGCAUGCAGCCCUCACAGAUCAUGGCCACCAGCAGCCAGUACAGCACCCAGGCCAGCAGCAUCACCACCCGGCAGCAGAGGAAGCGCCUCUCGGAGGAGACCCACCAGGGCCUGGACACGCCCCCGUCCAAGAAGCCGACCAGCUGCUUCCCACGGCCCCAGACCAGCCAGGACCGUAGUGAGCAGAGUGGCUCCCAGGUCAGUCAGGAGAGCGAGCGGCCAGCCCCAGCCACACAGGCUCAGAGGCGCCAGUCGAUGGCAUUCAACAUCCUCAACACCCCCAGGGAGCUGGGGCGGCGCCUGCUGCGCCGGGCAGUGGCCCAGAGGGGCAGUGCCACGCCCUCCACCAGCGGCGGCGCCCGCCGCUCGCCGCGCAUCGCCACCGCCAAGUCCCCCAAGGGCAAGGCCAGUCGCCAGUCACGCAAGCACAAGCCAUCCUGAGGUUUCCCCAGUCCCAGCAUUGCUGGCUCAGCCCUGGCACCCACCUGCACCCCUUCACUUCUCCCUGUCCCUCCAGGACCCAGGAGCACGGAGGGGGAACAGGUGGGGCUACCCACAUGACUGCCUUUUGCAGAUCCCACUGACAACUGUGGGGGUACCCUGGGCAUGGCAAGGCCCCCGUGCCCUUCCUGCACCCACUGUCAGCCUAAACCCUUCUGGGACCCAAGGCAAGGGGAUGUGCAGGGGUUGAGAGCUAGAAACAGGGAUGCAAGGGCAGGCAACAGGCUGCAGCUGGAGGGGCUGAGCUCUCCCCAGGGAGAUCCUGCAGCCUGUUACAGGGACAGAGGUGAAACUUAGCAUCCCUAGGCCCACCACCCCUGUUCCCUGUGUGUGGGACUCCCCCACCUGCCCUGUCCUCCUGCUCCUCCCAGGAAAGCCGAGGCAGCAUUUUUAAAUGUUUCUACUUGUAAAUAAAGUGUAUUUUUCACUUGC